AAAAGAUAACGACGAGUCCUCAAAGGCGCGUGUCAACACACUCUCUUCUUCUUUCUUUCUCAUUUCGCACUUUGCAUUGUUCAUUCUCAUUCUUUCUCAUUCUUUCUCGUUACUCAAUCCCUCACCACCAGUUGUACUAUGCUUAAUUAACCCAGCUUUGUUCGUCAGAUAUACCCAUUCAUUUCCAAACUCUCAUUCCCUCUUUCCUUUACUCUCACUCAUUCCACUUUCAUUCAUCGUCUAUUCAUCCUCAUGGUUGCUUCAUCUGUCAAUCGCCUGAAUUCCUGUCGCUCAUCCCUUCCUUCAGAAUAUACAGAGAAGCUGGAUCGCUCUCUUCACCGCAGCAUGCCACCUCCCUCCAGUAGAGAAUCCCGUAUCCUCAUCGCAGGUGGAGGCUUUGGCGCUCUCUUCCUUGCCCUCCUUCUAGAACGACUUUCGAUUCCAUACUAUCUGUUUGAAGGAGGGCUACAGGUCAAGCGUCUGGGAGGCGCACUUGGAUUGGGACCAAACAUUCUUCCUCUAUUUGAGCAAUUGGGCGUAGCCAGCUUAGUAGCUAGUAUCUCUAUGCCCUGUCCAGCCGUGGAUCUUUAUGACCAGAACCUAAAAAAACUUGGCGUUCUUCCUAUGAAUGCAUUGACAGAAACCACUGGCUAUGAAAAACUGGUUUGUGCAAGGUCAAACCUUUAUGAACUUAUACUUGCACAACUGAGCAAAGACAAUAUCAUCAUGAACAAAAAAGUUUUGUCAUACGAGGAAAAUGAGUUUGGCGUUACUGUCUGUUGUUCAGACAACUCGAUUUAUUGUGGUGAUAUCCUCGUUGGGGCCGACGGCACCCAGAGUCGGAUCCGGCACAAUAUGUAUAAAAUUUUGACCCGGAAAAACCUGCUUCCAAAAGCAGAUCGAGAGAAGGCGCCUCCUAAUUUUGUUUGUGUUGCAGGAGUGGCUCAACAUCUAUCCUCAGAGAAAUAUAACUGCCUGAAGGAUCCAUACGUUCAUGUACGGACAGUCGUAGGCGCCAAGGGACAAGGCUGGCAUGCGGUCAACAUCCCAGAUGACCAAAUCUGUUGGGCACUAUGGAUUGAACUCGACCCGGCUACAGCUGCAAAUGCAAAGGUCACAGAAGCAUCAGAGUUCGGAUUUCAGAAUACGGAACCAGUAGUGAAAUGCUUCCGGGAGGUGCCCUGUCCCUUCGGCGGAACCAUGGGUGAAUUGGUCGAUGCUACAGAAGAUAAUAUGAAGGCAAGGGCCUUCGUUGAAGAGAAAGUAUACGAAACUUGGUUCCAUGGGCGGACAGUCCUCUUAGGCGAUGCCUGUCAUACUAUGCAUCCAUGGUCAGCACAAGGAGAAACUAAUGAAAUCCUUGAUGCCGUGAUUUUGGCCAACUCACUCUUUGAGCUCAGAGAUUUAAGUUUGAGGAGCAUCACCUAUGCCUUCAAAGAUUAUUAUGCACAACGAUACCCAUAUGUUAAAUCACAAGCAGCCUUUAGUAGAGCGGUUACUAAACUCUUUUGUGGCCAGUCUAUACGCGAGCGCUUUACAAGAUAUGUGACCUUCAACUGGUUCCCACAAUCAUAUUCCUGUCGAAUGAUAGAAGGACAAGGGCAUUACCGACCUCAAGCAUCUUUCAUGCCCUUGGCUGAACAUCGUGGCAAGGGGCCUGCCCCUCGUCAACGAUAUCCGAAACCCUUUUCAGAGGAAGAAGUUGCAAGGCGAAUAACUUCAGUCUGGGGUCGGCGCAGAAACUUGUGAAAAAAAAAAGAAAAAAGAAAAAAAAAAUUGUGCGAAGAAUGAACCAUGGGGCCCAGUCCAUAAGAUAUCCUUUUUUUAUUUUUUAUUUUAUUUUAUUUCCCCUCCUUGCCGGCUUUUUCAUUUCAGAACUAUAUAAUGUAUAACGUCAUUUCCUUUUAAAAGAUCAAAGAAAA